UGAAAUGGUGGCCAUGUGUAUUUGCCUUUACUGUGGUGAUCGCUUGUGUUUAAAGUACUGAAACAUUAAACAUGGCUUUUCAGUGUCAGAGAGACAGUUACAUUAAGCAGUUUGACACGUCUGUUGUGUCUUGUGAGCCUGUUGAAAUAAAGCUGGAAAACAAGAAGCUGAAGGGUUUUAAUGUAAAGCUGAAGGACACCAUACUGUUUCCAGAGGGAGGAGGACAGCCGGAUGAUCUCGGGACGAUUGCGGGUGUCCCUGUCCUGCGUGUGAUGAGACACGGUCCUGAAGCUGUGCAUUUCAUCAGUUCUGCUCUGGAGGAGGGACAGGAGGUCCACAUCACACUGGACUGGGACCGCCGCUUCGACCACAUGCAGCAGCAUUCGGGACAACACUUGAUCACAGCUUUAGCUGACACAAUGUUUGGAUAUAAGACUACCUCUUGGGAACUGGGUCGGCAGCGGAGCAGUAUUGAACUGAACACGGCCGCUGUAAAACCUGGAGAGAUGGAGGCUCUGGAGGCUGCUGUGAAUGAGAAGAUCCGAGCUCACGUUCCUGUCACUGUCCAGCUUCUGUCCAUUGAUGAUCCUGCUGUGGAGAAGGUGAGGAGCCGUGGACUUCCUGAAGAUCACGCUGGACCCAUCAGGAUCAUUGACAUCGAGGGUGUUGAUGCUAAUAUGUGCUGUGGGACUCAUGUUUCCAAUCUCAGUCACCUGCAGGUUAUAAAGAUUCUGGGAACCGAGAAAGGCAAGAAAAAUAAAACCAACUUAAUUUUUAUAGCGGGAAACAGAGUGUUGAAAUACGCAGAGAGGAGUUACAGCAUUGAAAAGUCUCUGACAGGGCUUCUCAAAACAGGGCCAGAAGAUCACGUUGAUGCUGUGGACAAACUACAGAAGACAGUCAGGCGUCUACAGAAGAGUCAUCUUACGGUCCUGAGGGAAAUGGCUCUUCUGAUAGCGCAGAACUUCAAAAACAAACCAGACAGAGGAAACUUUUUCAGCUUACAUAACAAAGACGGUGAUAACGAGUUCAUGAACAUCAUCGCUAAUGAAAUAGGAUUUCAGGAAACCGUGAUCUUUCUGACAGUAGGAGAAGAAAAGGGGGCAGGACUGUUCCUUCUCGCUGGGCCUGAGAACAUUGUAACUGAACUGGGACCUCGGGUAUCAGAGCUGCUGCAGGGUAAAGGGGCUGGAAAGGCGGGAUGCUAUCAGGGAAAAUCCAACAGUUUGACGAGAAGAGCUGAAGCUGAAGCUUUACUGCAGGAGUACAGCUGCAAACUUACCGUGGUAGAGGAGUAAACAAACUAAAACUCACUUUGGUAGAGAACUGAAGGAGCCGAGUCAGCACUCCAAACAUACACAAGUCAUGACGUAAGGAAUACUGUAUCCAGGUCCAACCGUCCUCUCAUUACAAUAGAGCAGGGGUGACCAACCCUGUUCCUGGAGAUCUAUCCUCCAGCAUAUUUUAAUUCCAACCCAGUUUCAACACACCUGACUCAAAUUUUUAGGUAGCCCUGAAAUGCUUGACUGCCAGGUUCAGGUAUUUUUGAUUGGGGUUGGAGCUGAACUCUUCAGGACAGUAGAUCUCUAGGAACAGGGUUGGUCACCACUGCAAUAGAGGAUAUAUUUAAACAGCUGUUUAUGAGCACUAUUUAGGACAUUCCUAUCACACAUUUAAAGGGAUAGUGCGGCAAAAAUGAAAAAUACCUUAUUGUUUACUCACCCUGAAGCCACCUGAGUUACAUAUGUCCAUCCAUUUACAUACGAACACAUAUUUAGAUAUUUUUGAAAAUUUCCUAGCUCUUAAAAUCUUUAUAAUAAAUGAAAAUGCGGUCCGCUAAUUCAAGUCACAAAGAAUGUGCAUCCAUCCUUCACAAAAGAGAUCCACAUGGGUUGGAGGAAUAAAUAAAGGUAUUUUAAGGGUAAUCUAUGCAAUUUUGUAAGAGAAAUGUACAUAUUUAAAAAUGUACAAACAAAAUAACUAGCUUCCGAUAACGCCGCCAUCUUAGACUCCUCUAAGGGUAGUGUAUGCACUUUUCAUAUGCAGAUGCGGAGGCACAGAGCAGACAGCAAAACAACGCUCCGUAUUCAUCAUACGUCACUACGAAAAGAGCGUACUCUGCCGAUACUCUCUCCUGAACACGUAGGAGUCUAAAAUGGCUGAGCCGUGUAAAUUACUUUUGCGAUAAAUAGAUGGACAUUUUUUUAUAUAUCUAUUUUAAAGAUUGGAAGAACUAGGACAUUUAAAAAAAUAUUUGUGGUUAUUUCCCGAUGGCAUUUGAGAUUGGUUGGGUCCAGAAGUUGAGUAUGAGGUCAGACUUAACAAGCUGAAAAUGAUCACUGUAAUCAAAGAAAUUACUUGAUACCAUACCUCAUCAGAUAAGAAAUCAGUGUACUGUCGCAGAAAACACCUUUAUCUGAUCAGAAAUAAAUUACAGGUUCCCCUCCAAUAAAGUUUUGCUUUGUUAUUUUUUGCUGACACACACAUGAUGUCUGUUUUAAUAGUGGGUUAUUUGUCAGUUGUGACCAACGGCCAACCUUCCAAUCUCUAUUGUGAAGCCAACCCAGAAACUGCAAUUCAAUGACUGUCCGCUAGAGGGGGGCUCCAAAUGGAAUCAAUUCCCAUAGACCCCUAUGUUAAAAUCCCCAACUUUACAGCAGAAAUAAAUGUUUUUACAGCCUGGUACAAAAAGUUUAUAGCUAAUUUUGCCCUUCAUGACAACUGAGAGGGGGUACAUUUUUUGGUAACUCAUCCGUUUAAAUUAUAUUAAGCCUUAAACGUCUGUGUAAUUAAGGGUGUGGCCACUUGUAAUGGGUGAACUGCCACUCCUGUCAUUUUAGUCAAGCUAGGGGGCGUGGUUUCAGCAACCAGCCACUUCAGCUUCACCCAUGUCCCAAAAUAUGCUGUUGUGGUGUUAUGUCUGUUUAUGGAUUUAUGUUCAUAAACACCUAAUUUUCUCUCAUGUCAUUCUAAAGUAAAGAUUGAACAAAAAAGUAAAUCUGUGUUUUACAGAAUUAUAAUCUUAAUUAAAAAAUUUUAACUA